GAACUUUCCCCUAAAUAUUAUAUCGUAACAUUAAACCACCUUGACUAAGGCUGAUGAUGAUAUCCCAAAACUCUUGCUAGCUACGUGAUUAAAACAUAUAAUCAACGCACACAAUUAGUCCUAAUUAAUUAUGAACACAUUGAAUAUUCUUCCAGAAUACAUAGUUUUGGAAUGAUUGCAGCUAAUUCCACGGCCAAUUAAAAAACAUCUCAUUAAAAUUGAAUUCUAUUAAUUAAUUUGAGAGAAGAUCCUAUAAAUACGAAGCUCAUCGAAACCCAUUUUCAUCAAUCGAAAAACCAAUCUUCGUUCUUGAGAAAUUCCAAUUUAAUUAGAAAAAUGGCUAAGAGCGUAAUCUUCUUUUGCAUCGUAGCCCUCGGUUUCUUCGGUAUCGUCUACGCUUUUGAUCCUAGUCCACUUCAAGAUUUUUGCGUUGCAGAUUUCACUAGCACAGUGAGAAUCAAUGGUCUACCUUGCAAGGACCCUGCAACCGUAGUAGCGGAUGAUUUCUUCUUUAGAGGGUUCGAUGCAGCCGGAAACACGUCCAACCCUUACGGCUCGUCCGUGAUCCCAAUGAACGUGGCUCGAGUUCCAGGGCUCAACACGCUCGGCUUGACGGUGGCUCGGCUUGAUUUCUUGCCAAGUGGGUUCAUUCCACCUCACCUUCACCCUAGAGGUUCCGAAAUCUUGACGGUUCUAGAAGGGUCUAUUGAAGUGGGGUUCGUCACCACGUACCCGAACUACAAACACUACAGCAAGGUACUCGAAAGGGGUGACGCUUUUGUUGUCCCGGUGGGACUUGUUCAUUACCAGCGAAAUGUGGCCGAUGGGAAUGCGGUGGUGUUUGGGAUCGUGAAUAGCCAGAAUGCCGGGAUAAAUGUGGUUUCGAAUGCCGUUUUCGGGGCCAAACCGGCGAUUUGUAGUCAGUUUUUGUCGAACGCUUUUCAGUUGGAUAAGAAGACUGUGGAAGAGCUCCAGGCUAAGUUUUCGAUAUGAUAUGCUUGCAAUUGAUCAUUGCAGAUUAUUAUUAUUAUUAUUAUGAUAAUUAUGUAGCUUUUAUU